CCCGGCGCCGCCCGGAAGCGGAAGCGCGGCCGCGGUUCCCGCCGCGGUUGCCGAGCGGCGGCCGCUCCGUCCCGUCCCGCCCGCGGCCAUGAGCGCGGCCGGGCUCGUGUCCGCGCCGCCCGCAGCCCCGCCGGGGCCGCCCGCCCCCGCCAUGGCCCCCGCGCCCGACUACUACGAGGAGGAGGAGCUGGAGAGCGCCGAGGAGGAGGACGGCGAGCGGAGCGCCCGGGCCCGCGACUCCGAUGAGGACACUGAGGAUGCCAGUGAAACAGACCUGGCAAAGCAUGAGGAGGAGGACUUUGUAGAAAUGAAAGAACAGAUGUAUCAGGACAAACUGGCAUCUCUGAAGAGGCAGUUACAGCAGUUGCAGGAAGGUACUCUUCAGGAAUAUCAGAAAAGGAUGAAAAAGUUGGACCAGCAGUACAAAGAAAGGAUACGAAAUGCAGAGCUGUUCCUGCAGUUGGAAACAGAUCAGGUGGAGAAAAAUUAUGUGAAGGAAAAGAAAGCAGCAGCAAAGGAGUUUGAAGAUAAGAAAAUUGAGCUUAAGGAAAAUCUGAUAGCAGAGUUGGAAGAGAAGAAGAAGAUGAUUGAGAAUGAAAAGCUAACCAUGGAAUUAACAGGAGAUUCAAUGGAAGUGAAGCCUAUUAUGACAAGGAAGCUGAGACGGCGACCAAAUGAUCCAGUUCCUAUCCCAGACAAGAGGAGGAAACCUGCCCCUGCUCAGCUAAAUUAUUUGUUGACUGAUGAGCAAAUAAUGGAGGACCUAAGAACGCUGAAUAAGCUUAAAUCACCCAAGAGACCAGCCUCCCCCUCCUCUCCCGAGCACCUCCCAGCUACACCAGCAGAGUCUCCGGCACAGCGAUUUGAAGCUCGGAUAGAAGAUGGCAAACUCUACUAUGACAAGAGAUGGUACCACAAGAGCCAAGCUAUUUACCUGGAGUCUAAAGAGAACACGAAGAUCAGCUGUGUGAUCAGUUCUGUGGGCGCCAACGAGAUCUGGGUGAGGAAAACCAGCGACAGCACCAAGAUGAGGAUCUACCUGGGGCAGCUGCAGCGGGGCGUGUUCGUGAUCCGCCGGCGAUCGGCCACCUGACUCUGCUCCGCCCUGUCCUGGUUUUUAUCGCAUCACCAAACUCUGCCAGGGGCUCACAGGCUGCUCACUCCCUCCAGCAGCAGGGAACAGUCCUGACCUCUGACGAGACACUUUGUGGCUGGCCACAUAAUCCCCAGUAGUCCUUAAACCUUUAGUGAUGCCCAAGCACUGCCCUGGACUAUUUCUGGAUUUUGCAUCAAGCUUCUGUACGCUCUCUUUGUAUUUUGGGUGACUGUUUGAGACGACUUUGCCUCAUCCUCCUUUUCAUCGUUGUUUUGUGGUGCACAGACGGGACUCGUGUGUCAAAACCAUCAUCAUCAUGUUUCUGUUGGGAGUCAGACCAGUGGAAGAAGCUUUGCUUGUCGAGGCCUGAGGUUAUUUGUGCUUUUUGGCCUUGUUUUACUGCAAGGCUUAGGAUUUUGGACAAAAGAUGAAUCCUGCCAGGUUUCAGCCACAGCUGAGAGAUGCCUCCAGAAUACCUGGUGCACAACGUCAACUUUAUUGGAUGGACUGUUGAAAGACUGGGGACUUUUUUUAGGAUGGUGUGAACAGCUCAAACUGCUGAAAAUACAGUGAUUUUAAUGUAGCUCAGAGUCACGCGUGGUUAGUCAGAAGCUUCAGUUUCUCUUCACAUUAAAAAACCCUUCAAUGAA